AUUUAAUGCUAGACCAGGCUGUCCAGGGCCUCAUCCGAUCUGGCCUUGAACACCUCCAGGGACGGGGCAUUCCAGACAGCUGGAAGUUGAGUGGCUUUCUCUUUAGGUAAGGCUCCCGUCCCUCUUAAGUGCUCAGAAAAUUCCUGUGCUUUGUAGCAGCGCUGUUACUUAGGGGUAAGAGGUUGCUUUCAGCCCUGAGCUCCAGGCCUGAAGCAGAACUGAGCUCUGUUCUGCUUUGGUGUGCUUACAUUAAAUUUAGCUCCUGAGAACACUGGUUACAGCCUUUAUGGUUAUGCUGUCUCCGAUUCAUAUCUUAACUACUAGGAAACGUUUCCAUCCAGGCCAUUUUUGGCAAGAAGCAGGAGGUUUCUGCACGCUGUGGUGAGCUGAAAUAUUUCUGGAUAGGUUUUAAUUGUGAAUAGGCUGAUUGCUUCAGGUCAGGCUUAGGGAAUCUGGAUCACAAUGUCUGCUGAAUGGCAGAAACUUUCCAAGCAGAGCAUGUGACUUGAGAUCUGGUUUUAUUGGAGGUGCAAUGGAUGUGAUACAAGAGCUUGAAUCUUUACAAUUAUUGUGCUUCUGAAAUGCCUGGGAGAUGCACAUUCUGAGGCAGAAAAUUUUUUUGGGAGCUAAAGCAUACAUCCUUAUUAGUUUUACAUAAGGUGACUUCCAUGUGAUUAACGUGGAACUACUAACUAAAAAAUGUUUGCUACUCAUUUAUUUUGAAUUUCUGGGAAAUGCUAUUAGUGUCACUGUUUUUAGUCAUCCCUCAUUUUAGUCAUUAACAAGGCUCUUUAGCACGUGAAAGUGCAUGCUGGCUAUUAGAUAUAAACUGAAAAUGAUCUACCAGAUCCUUCCCUACUGAUACUAUUCCAGGCCGCCUUGUGCUGUGGCCAUCUGCCUGUCCUCUAGCAGCACUGCCAGUGUGUAACUCAUUGUUAUUGUCUCUUAACUUGAAAAUUAAAGUUAGUUAAGUGAUUCUAAAGAAGUGUCUUAGAUUGGGCAUAGUAAAUUUCUGUAUUUCCUCUCGAAAGCUGUUUAGUGUAGGGUACUGUGAUUGGGAAGAAUGAGGAGGCUGAAAAAAGAAAUACCUUUAGUUGCAACGUUUGUGUUAAAAUCUUUAGAAGCUUAGCACGUGGCGUAAAGCUGAACUUAUGAAAAUCCACUGGGCUGAGAAUUAGAGAGUUGAACUUUCAGAUUAUUUCAAUUUAUUGCAUUGAUUGUUUUAUUUUAAAAUGGUAUGUGGGGCUGAUUCUUUCCUAUAAGAAUUCCUUGAGAGUCUGGUAACCAUUAUUGUGGCUCCCUUGUUUUAGUUCCGACCCCUUUUCCCUUCUCUCUCCUUUCUCCCCCUUCCUCUAUUGCCUCCCCCAAUCUGCAUUCCUUUGUGCUAGCAGUGAUGAUGGCAGUUCUAGUCACCUCCUGUGGUUUGAUAGAUUAUUCCCUUUAGAAACAUGUGUACUUAAAACUUUCCAAACAUGAUUCUUUUUUUUUUGGCUCCCACACUUUUUUGAUGAUGGCUUUGAGUUUUGUUUGUAGAAUUUGUCCUUUCUGUUUUUGCUUUGAAUUUUCAUAUAUAGCAGAGAGAAAUCUUGUUAAACCUUUAAUGGAAAGUAUUAGUACUUAUAUUGUUGUUUACAUUUCUUUUUGCAUAGUUGGGAGGUGAUAAUAUACACAGCAAUUUUGCUUUUUGGCAGCACUGAGUUUCCUUCUUCCCUGCAAGCACACAAGUUACGUUCUUUUAGCAGGAAACUGUUUGCUUGAAAUUUUUAUUUCUCUAAAGUAAAUUUGGACUAUUUUUAAAUUACUACAUUUCUCAUCUGUCGUUCAUGGGCUGUGCAAGUGUAGAACCUAAAAUCAAGAGAAUUGUCAGCGCUCUAAUAUUAAUCUUUUCUACUUUUUUUUUUUUUCUCGAGUCAAUCAGUUCAUGCAAGUAAUGUCAUCAACAAGCUGGCAAGGAAGUCACAACUGUCAGUGUUUUGUAGUGGGCAGAAAUAACUUGUGAAGGCCGUGUUUCUGUGAAUUGCUUGCUCGGGGUGAGGCAGCAGGCAGGGCUGUUGCUAAAUACGUUAUCUGGGUUAUGGCUCUUGGUUUCCUGACAGCAGUAUUCUUUCAUGCAAGCAGCUGAAGAUCUCGCUUUAGAAUAUAUAGAAAGUUUCUUUACUGUAUAUAAAGAAAACUUACUGAAUUGCAAAACCAGAAUAAUACAGCUAGCUUUGCACUGCUUGUAUUUGUGUUAUGUUACUGAAACCCUGUCCACCACCUGUGUAAUGCUUAUUGAUGUUAGCAGUAAGAGCAAGGGUUCUGAUUACCUAACGUUAGCAUCAUUGGUCUGAAUUUGGCAUGGCAACGUUAGCUGAAGACCUGUGAAAAUGAACCUCCAACACUUAAGUGCAGGGAAGAAUACUUGCCAUGGUAUGUCAGAUUGCAGGCCCAGAGCUUUGGGAGCACACGAAGACCCUCACCCAAUGCCAGAGAUGGUGAUUACCCUUUGAUCGUGUGGGUACAGACAGAGCUAAGGGUGUGAAACCAAACUGCGUUUUGCCUAGAGCUGUCAUUAAGUGUUUGCAGAACUGUCUCAGUACAGUCAGAAAUGCAUGUUGUUGCAGGAAAGGCAUCUGAGAUGGAAGAAAGCAGCUUUUGCUGAGCUUUAAAAUUGGAACCCAGCUGGUACAGGAAAGAAUUGGUGAAAUCACAGAAUGGCCAGGGUUGGAAGGGACCUCAAGGAUCAUGAAUCUCCAACCCCCGCCCGCCACAUGCAGGGCCACCAAAUGAAUGCAACAAAAAUGACUGCAGCAACAGUGUCUGCACCUUUACUUUUGUGCUUAUAUCUCUGAUUUGGGAAGACAGGACAUGAGUUCCUCUUUCCUGAAGAAAUCUUGUUUCUUUGUCAGCCCAGGCAGUUGGCUUGCUGCUACUUCUUAGUGCAUUUAAAACUUAUAGAUUUAUGGAAUGUCACAAUUAUAGUUUGGAGAUUUCUAUAUUAAUGCCAGAGUGAGUUAACUUUUUAAAACCAAGCAAGAACCAUUACUGUCCUAGUGGAACCUCAUAGGACAGGGCUGUGGCUCCUCUUCUACUGUCACCUUCCCUUGAGCCAAAAACAGGAAUAAUAGGAGCUUCUGUUGGUGCUAUAUUAACUUUAGGUCUCUAAUUUGCAUCUCAAAUAACAUUGUGAACAGCUUUAAUGCCUUUGAGGGGUUUGGGAGGUUUUUAAAAUUUGUAUGGUAAGUGUGCUUUUCAGCCUAAUUGGGCAGCUCAUAUUAUUAUGGCAUGCUUAAUUCUUCUUUGUGCAGUUUGUGUUGAGGUAAAUGGUACUACAUUCUUCCUUCACCUACUCUGCACCUAUAUUAUGUCUUGCUAUCUUGUUUGUGGCUUUACAUUUUGCACUAUUCCUGUCUUGCACUUCAUGCAGUUACUAGUGGAUACUUGGGUUCUUUAUUAUACUUGUCAAAGCUUGCUCAUAGGGCAAAUUCUUGUCUGCUUCCGUUAACUCCCCCUACGUUCCCACUGACAGAUGUAUUCCUUUGAGGGUUGUGAUUUGACCUCUUCUGAUUUUAGAGGGGUGAAAACUUGAAGGAAGAAAAAAGUUGCAUGUCAUUUGGAUCUGUCGAACCCUGUUGCUUUUAUCAGCUUCCAGACUCCAGAAAUCACAUGCAGAAUGUGAAAGAACCUGGUGUGUUUGGAGUCUGCUGUGGUGUAGGAUGUGGAUCAAACAUGGAAUAGUGGAAUUGUGCUUGGCCAAAUGGCUCUGGAACAGAACUUUUUUGUUAAUUUUUCACAGUCUUAAUAGCAGUGGCAAAUAAUUAUGUCCUGCUUGGAAUGGAGCAUGGUGCUGUGUAAGCAUGCCCUAAGACUACUGCUGUGCUUCACAGCAUCAUUUGUUUCACAGUGUUUAGCGAGGAGGAAGAGAGGAGUAAUGAAAACAGCAUUUGGUAAGUAGCUAAUCAGUGAACUAGCUAAACAUGGUAUAUAUUUCUUCUAGUGGAAAAGGAGAAAGGAGUGAGUACCUAGAACCUCAUCUUUGCUUUUUUGAAAUACAGUUAGAAAUAAAACCAAGUUGAUGAAUUUGAGGAGUGUGGGUAACUUGGGCUGAACUGAAGCAUGGUGGUUUGCUGUAAGGGCUUGGAAAGGUAGAUAACAACAGCAGAGCUCCUGGUUAGAAUAUUUCUGUCACUGAAACCUGGGCAUGAAGCUGAAGCUCAUGGCUGCUCACCUCUCUAGAUGUUGUUUUCCACUUGAGCUUAGCUAGGUGUGUGCUUGCUUGCCAUGUCUUUUUCCAUCAGCACUGCAUCCUGACCAGGCUUGUUCACUUCAGUGUUUGAAUAAGAAAUCUCUGUGCUCUGGAGGUGAGACAGGAUGCUUGUUGCACUUACUCCAGUUUUUUUUUUUUUGCAAAUCUGUUCAGAAUGAUGACCUAUAGAUCGGAUUUGUAUCAGGUGAGCCAUUAAUAUUACCAGAACUAUUACAGAGGAGGAAAAAAUAUGUAGUAUUUUGUCCAUUGUAUGCUUCUUAGGUGUCUCAUUUGUGCUUAAGCUCUUAGUUCAUUUUUCCUCAGUUUAAUGACUUCAAAGUUUGCACUUUCAGUGUGAACAUAUAACUUAUUUUGGGCACAGACUUCCUCCGACUGGCUGUAGCUAAUGCUGUCUGCUGUGGCUCCAUAUCUUCAAGGUUCUGUAUCUGUCAGUUUUUAUUUUGGAGUAUUUGGUUUGCAUGCAGUGUUUUCCUAUAGCCAAGCCUAAGGCUAUAACUGCAGUAAAAGGUGUGUGCAUGUGCUUUUGUGAGGAUGCUCUGUGACACCACGGUGAAAGCCAUUACAUCACUGGAAUGCUGCUUUUUGGUUGUCAGAAGGCAUCUGAUUCUGGAAUUUGUUGGUCAGAGCAGAAGGAUACCAACAGCAUGCAACAGUGCUGCUGAAAUUCUCGUAUUGCUGUGAGAUAUAAUUGGACUUGAUUUAUUUCUGCAUGAGCAAAGUAUGAGGCAGUUUUACAGAAAAGCAGACAUGAAACACUGACAGCAUUUGGAAAUAAACUUUCGCAAUAAGAUGGAAGCCUAAAUCUCAAGACUUUAAACCAAAACAGAAAUGGCUUGUGAUUGCUGAAACAGGACACCUAAGAGCCUCCAACACUUCUGUGUGAGCAGUAGAAAAGGAACAACUACAAUGGUAACACUAAUAACAGAAAAGCUGCAGAACCAGAGCUUGGAUGAUCUGACGUGUAAAACAUACAAUAUUAAUCUGUACUCAUCUGAGAAGUUGAACAAAAGUGGCAGCUUGUUCUCUUUCGAAAUCAACGACAGUCCUUGGAAAGCUCUAAAUGGGGGUUGUCCCAUCCAGACUGAUGCCAGGAAUUCUGCCUACCCUUUCCCAGUGUGCCCCUUCAGCACCGGCCCUGCCACCAAUGGCGCUUUGCAGUGGCAGCAGGAACCCUCCAGCACAUCCAUGGUGUCAGGAUGGAUCAGUGAGUUAAACCUCAACGAAAACUCGGGUCAGCCCUUGGCACCACCCACAAAACGCCACUGCAGGUCCCUCUCGGAGCCAGAUGAGCUGGCUCGCUGUCGCUCACCCUGGAAACCUGGCAAUUCAAAGGUUUGGACUCCCGUGUCAAAGAGACGAUGCAACAGCGGUGGCAGCGCGACCUUGCAACGCUGCAACAGUCAUGGAAGUGCGACCUUGCAGAGAAGCACAAGCAUCAGCCUGCCACAAAACAUACUGUCCCUCAAUAACGUCUUCACCGUCACCAGCUUCAACACAUCACCAGUACCCAGACCUUCCUCUGCCAGCAGCGGGUUUGUGGACAGCAGCGAGGGAAGCACGAGUUCCAGUACCCGCUGGAAUUCUGGAGGGCCCUGUGACUUUAACCCAAGGCGUCGCCUCUCCCUCUCCCAGGAGCACAUCACUGAGACCGGGAAUCUUUUGCCUUCAGCCAACAGCACUCCCACCUCCACACCCGAGCUCAGCCGACGUCAGGGCUUGUUGAGGUGCCGCUCUCAGCCUUGUGUUCUGAAUGAAAAGAAAAGCCGGCUAAAGCGCAGAAGGGAGGAGGAUGUACGAUGGAACAGGCCGUCUUUAGACUUUUUUAAAAUGACACGGGUGAGAUUUUACUUUCCUCAGUUAGUGUGUGUGAAGGGGACAAUUGCAGAUAGGUUUAUUUCUUGAUGAAUCAAACUAAUUUGUAGUUGUCUUUAAUACUGAUCUGUACUAACUUCCCCAGUUCAGUGGAGUUCUUAUUAUGGGGAAAAAUACUAGUAAAACAUUGAACUACGUGCUAUGGAAUACUCACUGAGCUAGCAGGUUUGCUUCCACUUCACUUAGCUGAAAGUCUUUAUUGACUUUAUUGGUCCUUCUACCCAUGUGAGACAGUUUACUUAAUAGCUUAGAGGCUGUUCUCUUUUAGAAAUAUGACUUGAUAAAGCUGUAGGGUAGGUAGUCAGGUGGCCAACCACACUUACUCAUUUGUAAGUUUGGUAAUGAUCUGUGUUCUAGGUACGACUAGACAAUGUUCCAGGUGUUGUUUAAGAUGCUCUUUUCUUAUUUAAAGAAACAAAUAAGACCCAAUUAGCUGUGUUAAUCACUGCUGAGAUUGGGUUGCUAUGUUCUGGAAGUACUAGUGGAUUUACUUUUCAAUUGCGUGUGUGGUCUAAAACAGAUUUCUUCACUUAAACUGAGUAUAAAAUUUAGAAGUUGCCCUUCUCAGGGCUAGAUUAGUUGCUUGCAUUCUUCAAGCUCUCGAGAUCCUUUCAUUUGUCCAUAUGUUAUACUUAAGAAAGAAUCACCUGGGAAGGAUCUGACAGAGCUCAUGUCUGUAGGAAGGGCUUUUUAAAUAUUUAGAUUUGCUACUGAAUUGAAGAGUGUAUAUAAGAGCAAUGUUCAGACAUUCCUGAUCGCUUUUUACUUUGUCUUAUUUUGAAAGCUGCCUUCAUCUUAAGCUUGAGUAGUUUAAGCAGUUUCAUUCUACAGUGUCAUGGUUUGCUGGAGUAAUUUUUUACUCUUUCAGUAUAGUCUUUCCACGCUGCGUCUUAAAUGAAGGGAAGAAAGUGUAGUUGGGAAGUGUAUAAUCUUUUAAAUGAGCUGAACUUCAAUGAAGACAUCUGUUUUAAAACUAGGAAAGGGCUGAAAAUGCUUGAAGUAAAAUUUAAAUCAAGUUUUCAAUCAAUGAUAUGUUCUAGAAUGGUGGUUUAUUAACCUGUUACAUUGAUAAAAGUGUAACAUUUCUUCAUAACCUGUGUUCUCCUUGUGCCCCAAGUCCUAGCAAAUGUAGAUACUUUGGAGCUUACAUUGUGGUCCUAAGCAUUUAUCUCUAAGCUUAAAAAAAAAAAAAA